GUAGAACGCGGGGCGAGCUGGGCAGCUUUCCGGGCUGCGGGUCGGGCGCCUGGCCGCGUGGGCAGGCGCUCAGGCUUCGCCGGCCUCAGCGCCAGAGCGUCCCUCCCCGCCUGCACUGGCUCCCCACGGAGGGCGCCCUCCCUCCUCUGCAGGAGCCCCGAAGGGACAAAAGCCAGGAUGGAUGAUCAAAUAUGGUAUUUGAGAACAUCAAAGCUGGCUCUGGCCUUGGCAAUUAUCCGCUCAACACCAGCAGACACAAGCAGCAGAGAAUACACAGAGCACCUUGCAAAGGUGGUGUCUGAGCAGGAGUCAACAUGGAGAUCAAAAGUCCAAGCCUUGGAAGCUGAAGUUCUGCAAUUACGCCACAAACUUCUUCUGAGCAGGAUGCAUGCGGGAGUGUUUAAGAGUGGAGACCCAUCUUCCCAGUUGCAGGCUCAGGAACCCGGAAGUUCUGAAAAUACAUUAAGUCUGCUGGAAGAUUCUGGGUGUGAUUUAUCAAAUGAGCAGAGAAGUGAGCCUUCAGAGAUGACCCAGCAUCUUGUGGAGAGCUGCACCUCCACACCCUUUCUACCACUGCCCAUUGUGAAAAGACAUUGUGCCACUCAGGAAAAUCCUCUGUCUUCCCACAUGCAAUUCUUGCAACAUCUACUUGAACUGAAGAACUUGACAGAAUCAGGGAGUCUGAAAACAGACUUAAGCCACUUUGAAAAUGACUUUUCCACAGUAUCUGAUUCUGUUUUUCAGUUGCUGGAUGGCCUGAUCACUUUUUACCGUAAACCCAAAUUUCCUUUUUCAAGCUUUUGGGCAGAAGCUGUUAAUACGUUAGCCAGACUGAUCAGUGAUUGUAACUUAUCUAAUCAUAUUCUUAAAAAGUGUUCCAAGAAGUUGGAAGAAUUUGAGAAAACCCUACUACAGGUUAUUUUAAGGAGCAACCAUAUAAAUCGGUUUCAGGUGCAGAAUUAUGUUUCUCAGAGUCUGGUAACCCUGGGAAGUUGCAGCUUGUUGAGAAAAUCUAUAAUAUCUCUGCUUUUAUCAGAAGUAAACAGCUUCAGUGAUGUUCUGGGUACCAUCGAUCAGGUUCAAGCCAGUUAUGUGACACAGUAUGAAAAUAUUUUCUCCCUGUUCUGGGUUCUGGAGCAGCUUCUUCAAAAGGAAACCAAAGAAGGCAACACUUCAAGUGUAGGGCAUGAUGAUCAAGAAAUCAAGAAAUUUCUUCAAAAGCAUGAUGAAACUAUUUUCCAACUCUCUGAUGCGUUUCCUUUAUUCACUUUUUAUUUAUGGAGACUGGGCAUUCUCUUGAACUCAGUAGAAACUGUUGAAAGUAACUCACGUCCUUAGCAAUUUACUAAAUGUCAGAAGCAUACUGAAGUAUGAAGAUCUUCUGCUUAAAAGAUUUUCAAGAAUAUUUUUUAAAUGAGCAUUUUAAAUGGAUCUCAAUAUAAUCAUUAAUUCAGUAGUUUUAAAUUGUAUAUAAAAGAUUAUGAGUCAUAUUUCUAUACUAAAAUCAGCCAGUUUCACUUGAGAAUGUCCUUAUUUCCGUGUAACUGUAUUUUACCAUAUGUUACUCAGUAUAGUCUAGCUCUAUUAUUCUCUAUAACGGACCAUUAAUUGUCUAUCUCAUAAACAGUACUUACAUUUUAAAAGAUUUACACGUAAUAGAUAGUAAAAGGCAACAGAAGAGAUCUUAAAAGUUUUGUUGUUUUAUCAAAACAGUGUUUAAGUGGUUAUAGGGCGCCUGGGUGGCUCAGUUGGUUAAGCAACUGCCUUCGGCUCAGGUCAUGAUCCUUGAGUCCCGGGAUCGAGUCCCGCAUCGGGCUCCCUGCUCGGCAGGGAGUCUGCCUUUCUCUCUGACCCUCCCCCCUCUCAUGCUCUCUCUAUCUCAUUCUCUCUCUCAAAUAAAUAAAUAAAAAAUCUUAAAAAAAAAAAAACAGUCUUUAAGUGGUUAUAAAUGAGAUUUUUAAAACUUUGUUCUUACAUAGUUUCAUUUACAUCAUUGUCUAUCAUCUUAGAGGAUGAUUCUUUAACAUUUAUAAACUGAAUGGCCCUCAAUUUCAUAAAAUCAAAUUAUUUGUUAAGUCCUUUGAAAGUAAUAAUUCAUUGUUUAAAAUGUUUGUUUUUCAAGUGUUUAUUUUGAUUCUGUUUAUUAUGUAUAAUAUUCCAGUUAUUGUUAAAAUGUAGUUAAGUCAUGUAUAAUUAUAUCAUUAAGGAUAUUUUUACAAAUCUAAUAUCUGCCCAGAAAUAUACUUAUUGAAAGUAUAUUUAUACUUAUUAAACGUAUUAGUUGAAUUUUCCAGUUACACAGUUUCAUUGACUUUAUUUCAAUUAUUAAAUUCAUAACCAAGUAGCUUAAUGAGUACACAUUAUGUACUUUCCUAUAGUGCAAUUUAGGACACAACAAAUACAAAUUUACUUUAUUAUUUAUGUGUGAUAUUGUUUCAUAAGUUAAUUACCAUUCCUAAAUGCCAUUGGUAUUUAAAAAUAUGUAUAUAAAAUCAUAUCAUCUGCCACAAUUAUUUUUGGAAUUAUUUCUGCUUUGUAGAAAAGAAAGCCUUUUUUAUAAAACUCAAUGUAUGUAUCAGUCACCUAUUGUUAUGUAACAAACUACUACAAAAUCUCAGUGGC